CGGAUGAUAAAUAUUUAGAUAAUCCCAUAUGAUGUACAGAUAUAUUUACCAGUCCGAUCAUCCAUUAGAUUGGAAUUUCAAUCUCACCACGAAGUAACCUUCUAUUUCGACAAUCAUUUCUUUUUUCCCACCUGCCACCAUGCCUCCAGCAUACAAACGUCUCGACCGCGACAACUGUGCUUUCCUGUUUAUCGACCAUCAGUCCGGACUUAUUCAGUUGGUGCGCGACUUCGAGCCUACAGAGUUCCGGACCAACGUAUUGGGUUUGGUGAAGACCGCCGCUUACUUCAAAGCACCCUCCGUCCUGACCACCUCAUUCGACACUGGCCCCAAUGGUCCUAUUGCCCAGGAAAUUUUGGAUACCCUGCCUGAUGCUCCGUUCAUCCGGAGACCGGGCCAGGUCAAUGCCAUGGACAACGAGGACUUUGUCCAGGCGGUAAAAGCAACCGGAAAGAAACAGGUAAUCAUCAGUGGUGUUCUCACCGAAAUCUGCGUCGCAUUCCCGGCGCUGAGUCUGAUUGAGCAGGGCUACGAUGUAUUCGUUGUGACGGAUGCUUCUGGCACCUUCAAGGAACAUACAAGGGAAGCAGCUCACAAGCGGAUGGCACAAGCAGGCGUGCAACUCUUGAAUUGGGCCGCGGUGGCUGCUGAGAUGCAGCGAGACUGGCGUCGGGACAUCGAAGGCUUUGGCAAACUUUGGACCGAUCAUGUGCCUGGAUAUUGGUGUUUGAUGCAGAGCUACUCGAGUAACCCAGCAAACACGAAGUAGGCGGUUAAGCUCUGACACCUAGUAUUUACUGCGAUCAAUUUGGCACAGCAGUAAAGGCAACAUCUGUGAUAAUCGAAGGAGGUCUUUGGACCACUGUGUUAUCAUGGACGCCCUGGAGAAAAGCAGGUUUUUAUUGAAUCAAUAUAAUGAUGCCAACAUAC